AUGAACACCAUCGCGCAGUCUGGAGUCGUACACCCAGAGGAAAAGGACCUCUUUCUGGCGGCAUACUGGUUCAGGCACGAGAGGGCAUUCGAGGCGGCGUCAUUGCGAUUGAUCGACGAAAUAUCGGAGAGUUUCAGCUUUAUGGCAGACGGAAAAUUGGGAGAGGAUGAACUCGUCGCAUUGAGGAUUGCUGUCCUCCGCAAUAUGGAUAUAGAUAUCCUAUCGAGGGGCACGCCGAACAUGUUCAUCAUCUCGAUGACGAGACUAGCCGAUGAGAAGAUGUCAAAGAACUUAGAACGGAACCGCGUUAGACAAUGUCACGUUAGUGGCCCGCCUUUGGGGUACCACCGGACACUGAUGAAGUGCUCCGUUGGCCAGUUGAAGAGGAGCGGGACACUGAAUGGUCUUUGCAUGGCAUGUCUGCAUCCUCAGAUGGUAUGCGAAGAGGUUAUGGCGCAUGGGGAGGCGAACGACAGGGGGCGAAAUUUCAGAGACUGGCUCCCGGACGAGCUUGACCUGUGCCAAUGGCUCGCCUGGCAGAUUCUGCUCGCCUAUCUAGAUGAGCUACAGCAGAAUGGACAAGAAGUAAGCUACAGCAUCUGA